CAACUAUCUUCAAUAUAACUACCAACAUCUUCACCUCUCAAAUUUCAAAAAUCUUUUACUAUUCUCUUAGCUUUCACCGACAAAAAAAAUGGCAGCGAAGCAAACGACGAUCCUCGUUGCCGCCAUCCUCGUAACGGCUUUUUACGGCGGCGCGGCGACAUCGGCGCAGGCACCGGCAGCUGAUCCAGCGAUGGCCAUGUCGCCGUCCGCCAUGGCACCGACGCCGGACUGUAUGACGAACUUGCUCAACUUAUCGGAUUGUUUGACGUACGUGGAGGCCGGAAGCAACUUGACGAAGCCGGACAAGCCUUGUUGUCCGGAAUUGGCUGGGCUAGUGGAAAGUAGCCCUCAAUGCUUGUGCUAUUUGAUGGAUAAGAAUGCGACGGCGAACUAUGGGAUCAACAUUGACAUGGAAAGAGCUCUUAAGCUGCCUAAUGUUUGCCAUGUCAAAACCCCUCCUGUUAGUCUUUGUUCUGCUAUCAUCGGGGCUCCAAUCGGAGUUCCAACUCAAAGCACUGAAGGACUUGUGUCGCCAGCAUCCGAGCCAACAGGUUCCGUAGCAUACGGACCGACUCCAUCCGCCAUGGCACCAACACCGGACUGCAUGACAAACUUGUUUAACUUGUCGGAUUGUUUGGGGUACGUGACGGCUAGAAGCAACCUAACGAAGCCGGACAAACCUUGUUGCCCGGAGUUGGCCGGGCUCGUGGAAAGCAGCCCUCAGUGUUUAUGUUUAUUGUUGGAUAAAAACGCGACCUCGAGUUAUGGGGUCGACAUUGACAUCGAUAGAGCUCUUAAGCUACCUAAUGUUUGCCAUGUUAAAACCCCUCCCGUUAGUCUCUGCUCUACUAUCAAUGGUGGCGCUCCAAUUGGGGUUCCAACUUCAGGCACUGAAGUAUCUUUAUCACCAGGAUUAGCUCCAGGCCCUUCAAAAGGAAGCAACAGUGGUGCUUCAAACAUGGAAAUAUUUGGUCUAGCUUCCUUCAUUGCCUUACCAAUUGCCUUUCUUCCCAUGCUUUUUGGGAUUUAAAGCUCUUAUUUUCCCAUUAUUAAAACUUAUUUUCCUCCAUUAAUAUUCAUUUACUAUAUUUAUAUUUAUAUUUAUAUAUGUUUUGCAGUUUUUUUCUUUUUUUUAGUGAGGAGAGACAAUGUCUAGAGACACCAAUAAUUUGUAAGAGUUUCUUAUGAGAUUUAUUUCAUUGAGAUUCUAUCAUUGUUAAUUUGAA